CCUACGUCGGCGUACUCUUUCUCGCGUACAUCGCACUCGUCACCGCACAACUCGGAGAUCAAGCUGUUCUCGCAACGGACGCCCUUUGCACGGGCCUAGGUAAUCGAUCAAAUUAACAUAUCUCCGUGACCGACGAGCGCCGGUGGUGCCGGAUAUUUCCGGUCGUGCACGCCGGUAUAACGGCUGCGGUGAAACUCGAAGACCCUGCCUACAAAUGGUACCGCUACGCGCACGUCGUACGGCUACGCCGAUCGUUAUGUCGGAGGAGUUGCGAUCGAGACGCUUCGGGACAAAUUGUGCGGUCAACGCGAGGCUACUCUCAGCAAAGACACGGCGGUUUUCGCGAUUGCGGAGUUAUUUAUUUACCGCGGUCGCGAUCGAUCGGAGUAAGUCGUAAUCGGAGGCUCUCCUCGAUCGUCCGUGAGACGAUAACAGCGGACAUCGAUUGGAUACAGCCGAACCGAAUUCCCUCCUAAUCGGAUUGCUCCGGGAGUAGUACGCGUACGUACGUACGGGGGGAAGCGAACGGAAUUUUUUAAUCGCGGGGUACAGCAGAAACUGCCGCGGCGAUAACCGGCGGUACAAUCGCGAGAAACUCUCUCCGGAAGAUGUUUGUGUGCCGUACGUGUGGCUUAAUCGCUGCUCGGCGUACGCCGAUAAAUAAUUCCUCGAGCCGUUCACCGUCGCAGGGUUGAGAGAAAUUCGAGUCAGCGAACGAAACAAUCCACGAGAGACAAUCCCGACUGCCAAUUUUACGUGAAAGCCGAACGUCCGCGUAUCGCGGUGAAAUCGGAACUAGCUGCGCUACCUCUCAAUUUCUGGUAUUCGUACGUUCGAUCGCCCGACGGGGUUCUUUGAUUUCCAUACCGAUUGCCAGAAGUACCGCGUGUCCUGCGAGCGCGCGGGACCGACGUAAGCGUUUAUUACUCCUUGGUUCGGCACGAACGGGUUUCGCUUUUGCCCCGUGCAACGAAAGCUGAGACGGUAAGGCGUGUAGGUCAUUCCGUAGGAUCACCGGAAUACGUGUGGACUUUGUGUACGGCACGCUCGCGUGUCGACGCCGUAGCGCGUAGAAAAUACAUUCGCCUCGGCUCGCGUUCACUAUUUACCACCACUCGCGCGAACGGCCGUACCGUAGGCAUAUCGAACGGACCUGUGCGGCUACGUGUAACUCCGCACUGCGGGUAUUUUCGUUUGCGUGCCCGUACACAGAGAUCUGUAAUGUAUACAACGUACGCGUCUCGCGUUAAAACAAAAUGGUAUGUAUAAAAAUGAACGUAUACCGAACUCUUGGAAUCCGGCGAUUCUUUAUCCGGGGGCGGUCUCGAUAAUCUACGGAUCGCAUAUAACUUGAAAAGCAAGGACGACCCGAGAGAAGCUCACCGCGCGGGUACGGGAUCCGAAGAUAUUUCGGCGAGGUGAUCGUACGAUAACAAAAUUAAGUGCGUAGAAUAAAUAAAUCGACGCCGUUGGAACGAGUCAGCCGCUUCGGAUGAAAUGCGAAUCGUGGGUCGCGCGGUGGCUUUCAAGUCUGCGAUCGAGAUCGAGAGCGAUCUCUUACCGAUUCGUUUCGUCAGAUCUUCCCAACACGCGUCGAACGUUGCAGGCGUCACGCGACGAUCGUCGUUCGAAGGAGAUAGCGCGUCGCGCGGCCGAAGCUGCCGCGGAUCGAGGUGUCGAUCGGAUCCCUUCGCGACGGGUGCCUCCGUUGUAGAGUCGGUUGAAUUUUAACGCCGCGACGUCGAGCGAUCUUCACUCGGCGCAUCAUCCCACCAAAGACAAUCGCUGUGCGGCGCGUCGGAUCCGCUUCCGCGAAAUAAUGGUCGCGCAACAUUUCUCAAACAUUCGCUGCAGAAAUGUUAUAGAGGCAGCCGGCGGAUCAAGGAGCUAACGGAGGAGAGCGGCUCGCGCUCACGCGAUACGGUUAUUUGUGUAUCGGGUACGGUUAUUUAUCCGCGGCGGAAAUCUACCGCAUCCUGCGACAUGCCCGCGUUGGUUAACAGCGGUGUUGUAUAAUUGCAAACCCGCGGAGGUCAGGGACGUCGGGGCCGUGCGCUGACGCGAUGCGAACGUCGAAGGUUCGCGUCGCCGUGUCGCAGCGUGCGACGCACGGUCCACGUUGACGAUAAGCCGCAUAUUAAUGGGUGUACCGUCUAGCGCGUCGCACGUUCGUUGAGAAAUAUCGCCGCGAUAUCCCAGUGAGUCGGGUGAACUGCUCUCGAGCGGUGAUCGCGAAUAUCGUACGUUGGCCAACCGAACCGAUCGCGCCCCGGACCCCCGAGGUCUUCGUCACCGAGAGGAUGCCUUCGACGUUCAGCGGCGUGCUCGCGAUCGUCGUUGUUCUCCGUUGCGUCGCCGGCUCCGGUCACCCGUCCUGCCCCGAAGGCUUGCGGAUCUCCUUGGAUCAGGCGGAGAAGCUGGAGGACGGUAGCCUCUAUUUUCGCCGCCAGCAGUUCCCCCGAUCCUCCUAUUGGACGAUCGACAAUGCGACCUUCGGAUGUCCGUGCAACGUGGCGAACGCCUGCGUACGCACCUGUUGCAACGGCAACGAGUUGCUGAACGGGUCGAGGUGCGUCGAGGUGGACGACGUUACCGCGGCGGCGGUGAGGCCGUUGGACGAAAACUUGGAACCGGAAUUGAAGUGGAUCCGAGUGCUCGACGACGCCUUCUUCACGAUCCCGAGUAUCCUCUGCCCCGGUGGUAACAAAAAGUAUCAACUCGAGCCGGACUUUGCGCCGGAGGACGAGUUCACCCUCCACUCGAACGGCGUCCUGACCACCCUCAGCCAGACUCUCACGCAGGAGAUGUACUGCAUCGGAUCUUCGAUCGAGGACACCAGUGUCGUGGUCGUCGUCUGUUUCGAAUCCGAAUACACCGGUUCCACGCAGGAGCCCUCCGCCGCGCUCUACAAACCGGUGGGGAUGAUACUCUCCAUACCCUUCCUAUUCGCGACUUUCGUCGUCUACGCCAUUCUGCCGGAAAUCCGGAACUUGUACGGCAAAACGCUGAUGUGUUACGUCGGUUGUUUGGUGAACGCCUACAGUUAUCUGGCCGUCGUUCAGCUGGACCCGGAAGGCAAGAUACCGCUGAUCGCUUGCAAAGUGAUGGCCUUUACGAUUCACUUUUCAUUCCUCGCGAGUUUUUUCUGGUUGAACGUCAUGUGCUUCGACAUUUGGUGGACCUUUGGCUUGCAGCCUACUGCGCAGGUAGUUGCCCAGAAUCAAGGGGGAUUUCGUGCUCUUCGAGGAAGCAUCAAGCAACGCGAGCGCAAAAAGUUCUUCAUGUACUCGAUUUACGCGUGGGGCUGCGCGAUUCUGCUGACGGCGGUGUGCGUGAUAAUGGAUUUCGUGCCAGGCAUCCCCGAUACCGUGAUCCGUCCCGAGUUCGGAGAGGAGCGUUGCUGGUUCAGAACCGAAACGGCCAAGGCCUUGUACUUUUACGGGCCAAUGGGCUUGACCGUCCUGUGCAACAUUUUCCUCUUCGUGUCAACGGCCAUAAAAAUCAUUCGACACAAGAAGGACACGGCUCAUCAUCUGAAAGGAACUGACAGCAGACGGCACGACGACAACAAACAAUGGUUCAAUUUGUAUCUGAAGCUGUUCAUCGUGAUGGGUAUAAACUGGUCGAUGGAGAUAAUAUCCUGGCUCUGCCAGGGUCCGAAAUCCCUAUGGUACAUCACGGACAUGGGAAACACACUGCAGGGGGUGAUAAUAUUCAUAAUAUUCGUAUGGAAGGAAAAAAUCAAACGAUUACUCAUCAAACGGUUCGGUUGCCAAGGGCCAAACUUUUUGCCCCGCGAUUCAACGAGGAGCGCUUAUCACAGCUCCGCUUCCCGCACGUGCACAACAUCGAUUCCGCUGCACGAAGAAACCAACGGUACUCCGGAUCCCCUUUCUCCGUCCAGGGCGAAGCCGAGCUUGGACGACAGCGACGGGGUGUAGAACGGGAAACCCGAUGGAAUUAUUUACCCUAUCGUUAUUUUUAUACAAAUCCUAUUUUUCGUUGGAAAAUAUUGAUUCUUAAUCUACGUAGGUAUACUCGCAUACGUACGACCUAGGUAUUCAGAUAUCUAUAUCCAUACGUAUUGUGUACGUAUGCACAAUUGCAUGGUACGCCACAAUCACACCUCAGGAGUACAGAAGAGAAAGCGGUUCGAUUAAUGUACCGACGAGUUCCAGGACGACGAUUUGUCAUACGGUCCUAUGGUCCCAGGUUCGAUUAUUUGAAAAUUUACAACAUUUUGCCCCAUAGGACGUCGGACAAAUUGACCGCUUUGACAUUUGAGUGUUUACAAAAUGGUGAAUAUACUCUUUCCCGAAUGUCAACAGCACAGCGUAAUGGAGAUACAGUUGAAUCGAAAUAGAAUAGCGCUAGCUGUCUGUCCCCGAAUGGAAACGUGACAAUGUACGUACGUUCAAUCUGUUCGGAAAGUGAUGAGAUUGACGGUGCGAUUGAAAUGAAUCGAGCGCAGGCGAACAAUCUGAUAGCAUUUAAGUCGCGAUAAUCUACAAUUUGAGGUAAAUUAUUGAUUAACGAUCAUCGCUGAAACAAUAUCACGAGGCUCUAUCGAUUAGGAAAGCCUAAGCUUGAACUUGGAACAAGUUAUAACUCCCCUCAGAUCUAACGUCGUCGUCGUUGUAACACCACGAAUAAUACCCUGCUGAUUGAAACUUGUCGUUGGUAGGAUUGCCCCUUUCAACAGGCCUUUUUUUCUAGUCAUAUACACAUAAUGUGUGUCAUCAGUAUAUCCCUUUAUCAGUGAUGCACAUGUGUGUACGUAUACACGAAUACGUACACACAACACCCUGGCGAUUCCCUUAAAAUUCAACAUCCUGCGAAACAAUAACUAAACUCACUUCCAUCAAAGACACGGGUAUUUCCGACGCCGGUCUUCGUACCUGUGAGAUAUGCUUGUAAUAUGCGCUUACGUGUCCGCGUAACGCAUACCUAACAAAUACCGUCACGCCCAGGUAAAAAAUAUUCUUUACUCGAUGUAAUUAUAUUGCCGUAUGUUAUUAUGUACUCAAAAUCAGCGUAUAGACAAUUACGUAUGUCCGCACCUGGAGUGCUUUUUGUAUUGUGAUGUCAUGAAUAAAGAGAUAUUCCUCAAA